AUGCCUAGCCGCCAAUUUUUCCAAAUUACAACUGUGUUAAUCUUCUCCAUAUUUCGCUCCACCAACGCUCAUUCGUUCAUACUAGCAAUAGAAGGUUCAAAUGGACAAAGAUCGACAGGUUUUGGUACAAGACUCACCUCUCGUGGUACUUUAGUACAAAACACCGGUAUAAUCCAUACAGGUGACAUGGCUUCUGGUCAAGUUGGACCUUGUGGUAGAAUAUUUGGUGGUGAUGGUUUACCAGCGUCUGCUGUAGAUGUUCAAAAAGAAAUGGCAAUCGCCGAAGCCGAUGGCAUUUCAGCCGCUGGCGAAGAUGGCUCAGUUCCGAUGAGUAUGUUUGCCCACAAUGCCGAUGGAGGAGGACCAUACGAAUGCGGUUACUCAUCUGACAUGAGCUUGAAGGUAUUCAAACCAAUGAACAUCAGUUUACAAAUUGAAGGCGAAGGUGGUAAAAACCCUGAGGCUAAAGAAUUUGCAUAUCCUCUCACUUCAGUCUUUCCACCGGAUGCUGAAUGCAGCGGUGGAACAGGCCAAGACACAUGUAUAAUGCGCUGUAAAAAUCCACUCGGAUUUGGAUCUUGCGCAGCUGUAAAGCUUUUCUCAAAAACGGGACGAGCUACGGCACCAUCACCAUCCAAUGCCAUGACACCAGAGAUUCAAAAACGUUCCAAUCGAAGAUCCUUGACCUUUGCACAGGAUACCCUUCGGCUAUGA